CUAUUGUAGGCCGGAGCUUCCCCCCACUGCUUUAUUACCCUAAUUGGCGACUGAAAAUACAGUGAUUAUAGUUUGUACAUGUACAAUUAGGCGAAGUCUCCUCCAUUUUAAAAGACAUAUGUAUUAUAAGCAUUGAAGCUCGGGGUAUUUUUUUUUUUCGGGUGCAUCUCAUACUUGAAUGAGAGCCGGAGGCAACGCUGCCUCGGCGGUCACCCGACACGACGGUCGUGGCCGAGUCUCGUGGCGAACGGCUUCAGGCUGCCACCGGAGCACUCGGACAACUGAGUGUGAUGACGAACGAGGGUUUGAAAUGCCGCAAAGAGUCGGCCCCCUUCAAGACGCCAUUCGUCACGUUUCAUUAAGGACUGACAAAACUGGCAAAUUGUGUGUGAAGUACAUAAAUGCAGUUAAAGGACGUGGAAUAUUUGCAGAGAGUACAAUCAGCAGAGGACAAUUUGUUGCUGAGUAUCGGGGAGAUCUGAUCAACGAUGCAGAAUUCCAGCGCAGAAGAAGAGUUUACCACCCAUCCUGUGCUGCAUUUAUGUUUGCAUUCAAGUGGAGAGGGAAAACAUGGUGCAUUGAUGCUUCACGAGAAGAUGAGUCAUUUGGCCGUCUCGUGAAUGAUGAACACAGGAGGCCAAACUGCCGGAUGAAAUGGAUUGAUGUAGAUGGAAAGCCACACCUGUGUUUGUUUGCUUUGACUGAUAUUCAUGACGGAGAAGAAAUUACCUACGAUUAUGGUGGCGAAGACUGCCCAUGGAGAACACAAAUGACCAGCAUGACAGUCACAGAUGUGGCUCCUCAACCCUCUUCUCUGCCUCAGAGUCAGAUGGAGGAUGAUAGGUGUCCACUCAACAUGCUCCAGGAGGUAGAUACAUUUUAUUCACUUCCCUUUUUCGUGUGAUUGAAUAACUCUCAG